AUGAGUGAAGAAAUGGAUACUGAAUAUGACGUGAUUGUCCUUGGUACAGGGAUCACCGAAUGUAUCUUAUCAGGGUUAUUAUCUGUUGAUGGUAAGAAGGUUUUACAUAUUGAUAAACAAGAUCAUUAUGGUGGUGAAUCUGCUUCUGUUAAUUUAUCACAAUUAUAUUCACAAUUUAAGAAAAAUCCAAUUGGUAAAGAUGAAAUUGAAGCUAAAUUUGGUAAAGAUAGAGAUUGGAAUGUUGAUUUAAUUCCAAAAUUUUUAAUGGCUAAUGGUGAAUUAACUAAUAUAUUAGUUCAUACUGAUGUAACACGUUAUGUUGAAUUUAAGCAAGUUUCAGGUUCUUACGUUUUUAAACAAGGUAAAAUUUAUAAAGUUCCAGCAACUGAAAUGGAAGCAAUUUCUUCACCAUUAAUGGGUAUCUUUGAAAAACGUAGAAUGAAGAAAUUUUUAGAAUGGAUUAGUAGUUAUAAAGAAGAUGAAAUAAGCACUCAUCAAGGUUUAGAUUUAGAUAAAAAUACAAUGGAUGAAGUUUAUUAUAAAUUUGGUUUAGGUAAUUCAACAAAAGAAUUUAUUGGUCAUGCAAUGGCUUUAUGGACAAAUGAUGAUUAUUUACAACAACCUGCAAGACCUUCUUAUGAAAGAGUCUUAUUAUAUUGUCAAAGUGUUGCACGUUAUGGGAAAUCACCUUAUUUAUAUCCAUUAUAUGGUCUUGGUGAAUUACCUCAAGGUUUUGCUCGUUUAUCAGCUAUUUAUGGUGGUACUUAUAUGUUAGAUACUCCAAUUGAAAAGGUUUUUUAUACUAAUGAUGAUUCAGAAAAUGGAAAAUUCGAAGGUGUGCAAACUAAAUUAGGUACUUUUAAAGCUCCCUUAGUAAUAGCUGAUCCAACAUAUUUUUCUCAUAAAUGUAAAUCUACUGGACAAAGAGUCAUUAGAGCUAUUUGUAUUUUAAAUCAUCCUGUUCCAAAUACUGGUGAUGCAGAUUCUUUACAAAUUAUUAUUCCUCAAUCUCAAGUUGGUAGAAAAAAUGAUAUUUAUAUUGCUAUUGUGUCGGAUGCUCAUAACGUUUGUUCAAAGGGUCAUUAUUUAGCUAUCAUUUCAACUAUCGUUGAAACGGAUGCUCCACAUAUUGAAUUGGAGCCUGCUUUCAAGUUAUUAGGACCUAUCGAAGAAAAGUUCAUGGGUAUUGCAGAUUUAUUUGAACCAAAAGAAGAUGGCUCUAAGGAUAAUAUCUAUUUAUCCAAAUCUUAUGAUGCUUCCUCUCAUUUUGAAUCGAUGACAGAUGAUGUGAAGGAUAUUUACUUCAGAGUUACAGGACAUCCUCUGGUGCUAAAGAAGAGGAAUGAUCAAGAAUUACAACAAGAAGAUUGA